CCGGCCGGCAGACAAUCGGAGCCUUGUUCUCCCGGGGCUGCCCGUCCCUAGCCCCGCUGGACAAUCUCUCCUUGUCUGGGGUUGGGAUGCCAGCAGGGAAUGGGGCUGGUGGGCGGGCACAGAGACCCACCGCCAUCACACACACCCCGCCUCGAGGGCCACCCUUCUGGUCCAGAGAGCCUGGCUUUGCGGGCGGAGAAAGGUGACCCUCCGCACGACAGGUUGCCUUCCCCGGCUGGGCAAGACGGGAAACCUCUCCCUCUGGAUUGCCUUUGAUUCUUCCUGCCUUUCUCCUUUCCCCCCUUCCUUCCUUUCAGCCCCUCCGUUUUUCCUUCAGCCAUUUCCCCCGCCCUUUGCUCCCUCCUCUCCAGCCCCCUUGCCCUCUCUUUCGGCUCCCCCACCCCCAGCCAGACCCUGUGCGUGGAAAUCCGGCUGGAUGCCCGGUGGAGGGGAACAGGCGCCUGCUUUCAUCGCCUUGUGAAGCCUUUUCUCCACUCCCCCCCCCAGCCAGCAGCUCUCUCCGGCCAGAGGCAGCAGGAUGGGGGAGCCCCAGGACGCAUCUGGGGGGCUCCGGGGCUUCUCGCUGGACAAGGAGUUCCUGCGCUCCCCCAAGGGGGUGCUGAUGGGGGCAGAGCUGGCCCUCUGCUUCUUGGUCUUCCUGUUGCUCACAGCAUCCAUCUCUGCCUAUAUGGGCGCUGCCCUGCUGGAAGUGUUGGUGACACUGACGUUCCUGGGACUGCGAGCGACACACUACUAUGAGCGCCUGACCCGCGUCAACUGGCCUUGCCUGGAUUUCCUUCGCUGCAUCAGCGCCGCAAUUGUCUUCAUCGUCGUGGCCUUUGCGGUCAUUGCUGCCAGUCACGAGGGGUCUGCUGUGUCAGCCUUUGUCUUCAGCCUGAUUCUCAUUACUGUGUUCUGCUUCGAUGCCUACAAAACCUACAGGGCAGAAAUGGGGUCGGACCAGGACGCAGAUCUUGGCUGACAGAACCCACGCCCCCUGCUGGUGAAAGUGAUGUGCACACAGAGGUCCUGCUGCUUACUCCCCUCCAGCCUACAGCCUCUGCAGCUUCUGUGGCCUGUCCUUCCCCCUCCCCGCCCCAUCUGCCAAUGCCACUCCACCUUGAUCCAAAAUCCUGCCAUGUGGUCAUCAUGGGCCAGUGGGCUGUUGCUCCAUCCCACUCUCUAUGGGAGGAAAAGCCCACUUCAGAUCGGCUUUCCUACAGAGGAGACCCUCUUGACUUGAUAAGCCUUUCCUGAUUCUGCCCCCCCCCAAAAAAAAACUGGAAUAUUUGGAGGGCACAUGGAUCCAGUGUCUGGCUCCUGGGUGGUUUUUUUUGUAUUUAACUUGCUCGGGAGACAAGAUUAAAAGGUGCUUUUAAUACUGCACGGUGGCCUUUAUGUGCCCAUGAGUGAGCAUGAGCGCAUGCUUGCAUGCAAGUUGCACUCGGCUCCUGGCUGCCGCAUCUGGUUGGCCAUUGCCGUCGCUUCUGAACUUUUCUCAGCACGUGUCUGUGAGGGGUACAUAACUGUGUCCGUGUCUGCGCGAGCAAGCAGGUCCACAUAAAUGCAGGAUCCCAAGUUCAGUCUGAGUUAAAUCCAUAGCUUGGAGUUGGCUCCAAAUAGAAUUUGGAAACCCAAAUUCACGCUCACCAAAAAAAGGGGUGGGUUCUGGUUGAGGGCAACGUCAUGUGAAGGGUGCCCAGAGAUUUUUUACUCAUAUGGCCUCAAACCCAUAGUAAAGCCCAGUGCGGACAAGCCAAAAGUGUUUGUGUGUGUAAGAGAGAGAUAUAAGGAGGGGGAGAGAGAGGGAGAAAUGAAGGAAGAUUGAUAGGGGAACAGGAGAGGAUAUGUGGGUAUGUGAGGGGGGGCACAUGUCAGUGCCCACAUAUGGACAGGUGUGAAUGUGUUCGUGCCAUUUAAGUAUGGAUGGUUUACCUAACGUAGGGACAGUGAGCAGACAGCAAGGAAGGGAAUCUGUUCUGGAUGGUUCGUGCUGCCUCUGAAGGACCAGGUCUGUAGCCUAGGAGUACCCAUGGAUUCAUCUUUGUCACUAGAAGCCCAAGUGUCCUCUGUGGCAAAGAGUGCCUUUUACCAGCUUUGUCUGGUUUGUCAGCUAUGGCUGUUCCUGGUCAGGGAUAGCCUGACCUCAGAAAUCCAUGUCCUGGUAACCUCAAGGCUGGAUUACUGCAGUGUGCUCUAUGUGGGGCUGCCCUUGGCCCUGGUUCAGAAGGUUCAG